UGGGGAGUGGAGUGCAGCCACCAUCAGGAAAGACUCAGUCCUGACAGAAAGACGAUUCUAUUCCAUCUAAAAUGAAGCUGCUGCUGCUUCUGCUUGUGCUGGGCUUGGAGCUGACCCUAGUCUGUGUCCAUGCAGAAGAAAAAACUAGUCUCACUGGAAAGAACUUUAAUCCAGAAAAGAUUGUGGGAGAAUGUCAUUCCAUUCUUUUGGCCUCUGACAAAAGAGAAAUGAUAGAGGAACAUGGAAGCAUGAGAGUUUUUGUGAAGAGCAUUCAUCUCUUCAAGAACUCUUCUUUAGCUUUUAAAUUCCAUACAAUUGUCAACGGAGAGUGCACCGAGCUGUAUGUAGUAUGUGACAAAACAGAAGAGGAUGGUGUAUAUGAGGUCAUAUAUGACGGAUAUAAUAGAUUUACUGUACUUGGUACAAACUAUGAUGAGUAUAUUAUAUUUAAACUCAGAAACAACAAGACUGGAGAAAUAUCCCACGUGAUGGAGCUCUUUGGCCGGAAACCAGAGCUGAGUUCAAACAUCAAGGAAAUGUUUGGGGUUCUAUGCAAGGAGAAUGGAAUUGUUAAGGAAAAUAUAUUGGACCUAACUGAAGCUAAUCGCUGUCUCCAGGCCCGAGAUGGAAGAAACGCCUGAGCCUCCAGUGUUGAGUGGGGACUCCUAACCUGGACUCUAACAUCAUGCCUUCCUGUCCACACCCUGUUCUGUGAGAAGUCCUGUGAUCCGAUUGCCAUCGAUGCCCCCCAGAAAAGCAUAAACCCUGCAUCCCCAGCAUCUUCCCUGAUUAUCUAGGAUGACUCAUCCAGAAUCAAAGGAUUUCUGUUAAAUGUCUCUUUGUCAUGAAUGUCUUCCUCUCCCUGCUCAAUAAAUGAUUACCCUCGCAGUUA